AUGCAGCAGGCAGAGGCAGACCGAGCAGACACGCCGAGCUCUGGGCGAGGUAGAGGCGUGAGAAGCCAAACAGAGUGCUGCGGCGAGGCGCAGCGGCCGGACAAGCUCACCGGGCGCUGGGCGAGGCGGCGGCGGCGGAGGAGGAGCGAUGGCGGCAAGGCGGCACAGAGAGGUGAGGGCAGCAACGGCAAAGCGGCACAACAACUGUGGUCGAGACGACGCACUUCCACGCUAUGUCUUGAAAGCUCAGAGGCCGAGAGCUCGAGGAAGAUGAGGAUGCGGAGCAUGACAGACAGAGCUACUGCAGCUAAGAGAGAAGAUGAGGACACGAUUGGGUCGCCAUCAGGGAACUCUUAUUUUCUUCUUUCGAGGCCACGACCAUCUGAUUCCCCUCCAAAGGAAGCGGCACCUAGCAUUGGGCCACAGGCACCUGUACAAGACAACUCAAGUUCAGCAGGACAACCAACUGAACCAAGAGAUUUCUUCAGAGAUGCUAUUAAUGCCUCAGGAAUAGGAUAUGGCAUGAAUGACGAUAAUUUGGCAGAUAUUUCUCCUCAGCAAGUAAAGAAAGUGGAUAUUCUUUCUCUAGGUUUGCCUAGGCUGACCACAGCGGAAAAGUACACUUCUCUGAAGAAAAAGAGAAAAGAAGCACAAGUUCUUGAAGGGUCAAGAACUAAGACUGAAGGAUCAAAUCCAUCACCUCAGGUGGAAGAUGGCUAUGCCCACAUUCUUGAUUUGAUCCGAGUACAAAUGGAGAUUUCAGAAUCUAUGGACGCACUGACUAAACGAGCUUUAAGACAUAUUAGUUUGAAGACAGCGAAAGAAACACUUGAUGUGCCGCGUAUAUCACUACAGCUCUUAAGUUCUGUUGGCAAACUUGAUUUUCCAACCGAAAGAUUGCGUGGACAAUGGCAGAAAAGACAGGCGAAUGUUCUUGAAGAAUUACUUCUCUUCUCAGCAUCUCUUGAGUAUGAUAUGAGCAAGACAUUAAGGAUAGUUCUCUCUAAGCUAAAAAGUACAGAGGACUGGGUUGUAAGUGUUCCUGAGGGCCGUGUCGAGGUCUUGACUAUCAUCGAAAGAUACAACGCAAAACUUUGUGCGCUGACAAAGAAGUUUGACAUUAAAGAUGAGACCUACCAUUGGACCCAUAACUAUCAUUUUAAUUUUAGGCUAUAUGAGAAGUUACUUUGCAGUGUGUUUGAUAUUCUUGAAGAUGGGCAACUUGUAGAGGAGGCUGAUGAGAUACUGGAAACAGCAAAGCUGACCUGGCCUAUAUUGGGCAUUACUGAGAAGUUGCACCACAUCUUCUAUGCUUGGGUGCUUUUCAAGAAGAAUAACUACUCGAUCUUUGAGGCCACACUGAACUUGGUCUUGCUGUUGGUGACAAACUCCACUGAGGAUGAUUUUGAAGAAAUAAGGUUCAUUGAGAGCCCAGUAGGGAGUACACCAGAGUCGAAGUUGAUCCAUUUACUCAUUGUCAGAUCCAUCCAUGCUGCAUAUAAGCAAGCCCUAAUUUCAUCAGAUGGCCGCUCAGAUUCUGAAUUUAAGCAUCCGCUGACAAUUCUUGCAAAUGAGCUAAAGGCAGUGGCAGAGAAAGAGUGCACUGACUUCAGUCCAAUACUUCACAAGUACUAUCCUGAAGCUCAAAGAGUAGCUCUAAUUUUCUUACACAUGCUGUAUGGAAAACAAUUGGAACUUUUCUUCGAAAGGACAGAUCAUUUGGAAAACUCAAAAGAGAUACUGGCAGCAUCGAAUAAUUUUGAGCUCUUUAUAGCUCAGAAACUUUACACAGUGUACGGGCAAGCUGUUGGGUCUUCAUUCUCCAACUAUUUAAAGCCAUACAUGGUAGGUCGCUUUUCUUCACCCCUUAUUCUCCAAUGGCUGCAUGCUCAACACGAGAAUGUCUUGGAGUGGACAAAACGUACUAUUGAGAUAGAGGAUUGGACACCUUUAUCAUCUCACGAGAAACAAGCAAGAUCUGUGGUUGAAGUAUUCCGGAUCGUGGAGGAGACUGUUGAUCAGUUCUUUAAUGCGAGCCUGCCCCUGGAAAUCGUCCACUUGCGAAGUCUACUCAUCGGAAUCACUAGCAGUCUUGAAGUCUAUUUGCUUCACAUGGAAAAUCAACAAGUGUCUGGAUCUACCCUUCUUCCUAGUGCUCCAGUCUUGACACGUUAUGCAGAAUCAAUGAAUCCAUUUGCAAAGAGGAAACUUAUUGAGCCUAUGGUUCCUGAAGAAAAGGUGGCUAUGAAGUUGAACAAUUUGACAGUGCCCAAAUUAUGUGUGAAACUCAACACUCUUCAAUUCAUCAGGGAUCAACUUGAUGCCAUAGAAGAAGGUAUCAAACAAUCCUGGGUCUCUGUCUUGUCAGCUGUCAGAUUGUUGGAUUAUUUGUCUUCUAUGGCUAGUGGAAGAGCUCUUUCAGAAAAUUUGACAUCAUCUGAUGAAUCGGUUGAUGAGUUGUUUACAAUAUUUGAUGAUGUGCGAAUGACUGCUGUGAACACAACUGAUACGAUCUUGAACUUCAUUGGAACAAGGGCUGUAUUUUGGGAUAUGCAUGACUCAUUUAUUUUCUCCUUGUACCGAGACAGCGUCAAAGGAGCACGCAUGCAGAUAUUUAUCCCUACAAUUGAUCAAGUUCUUGAUCAGGUAUGUGAUUUAAUUGUUGAUGUGUUAAGAGACCAAGUUGUGCUCAGAAUAUUUCAAGCUUGCAUGGCCCAUCCGUGCAUUUUUGAGACAGAUGUGGACUUGAUGCAACAAGAUCUUGCUAUUCUCAAGGAUCUCUUUAUAGCAGAGGGUCAAGGUUUACCAAUGGAUAUAGUUGAAAAGGAGGCUAGACAAACUCAGCAGAUAUUGGACCUAUAUAUGCUGAAGGCUGACACAAUUAUUGAUAUGCUGAUAAAUGCAAGUGACCAAACACCUCACAAUCCUGAACCUACAAAUGCUCGAAGAAGACAUGUACAUGAUGCCAAUACACUUCUUCGAGUUUUGUGUCAUAAGAAGGAUAAAAUUGCCUCUACAUUCUUGAGAAUUCAGUACCAUCUUCCAAGGUCUUCAGAUUAUGAUGAUGUUCCUGUGAAGGAUGUGUCAUCUAGUACCUAUCUUUUCAGACAUGCUGAAAAGAGGCUGCAUAUUGUUCAGUAUAAUUUUCCAAAGGGCCACAAUGGUGCUCAUUCUAACGGUGGUCCUGGUAGAAUUCAUGAAGUAUGCCUGCAAAGCUUCAUAUGGAGGGUUUUAGUUUCGAAAAUACCCUUGCCGUUCCGGUGCAAGUACCGAACAGGAGGCUUUAUUUUACCAGGUCCUUGCCCCCAGCUUGAUCAGAUUCUCUCUGAUGUACAGGUUUGCAGUUCUAGAGGUUUUGGUACAAUGGUGCUAGUGUGCUACAUAUUUGGAAAUCCCAUAGACUUCGCUAUUCGAAAAUCCGGAAGUAGCAUGACUGUUUAUUAA